AGUGGAUAUACAGGAGACCUCCUCUUCGCCAAUUCCCACUUCACGGAGUUCUCGCGCAAAAUUCAAGCAGCUAGAAACUCCCUACUUCACCUCAGAUGAACAUUUACACAUAGACGGAGAGAGAGAAACAAAUCCAAAGGCGUUGUAAAGAAGAAUUCAAUUCAAUUCAAAGAACCUACAAAAAAAAAAAAAAUCAAAGCAAACAAACCCUGACCAUGUGUUUAGGGCUUCCAUUCGCAUCAUCAGCUAAGAGAAAUCGUUGAGUACACAAGUCUUUGAUUUCGAGAGAAAUGGGAGGCGACGAUGGUGAACAGAAUAAGGAUAAUCCAUGGACGUCGCCAAACAGACCCUAUCAGGAAAAAGAGGAAGACAUGAAGCUUUGGGGGAUUUUGCUCUUCGGCCUAAUUGGCGCCACUGCCACCACUUUGGCCGUUGGCCAGCUGCGAAGGACUGUUGAUUGGUUCUAUGUUCAGUUGACCAGGUCACAAUCGUCAUGGAAAGGAGCAACUGGAAGUUCUUUCCGGUCAAGCUAUCAGGAGGAAGCAUGGAAAAGGUAUAACCGCCGCAUGCAAGAGGAGUAUGAAGAAGAAAUGGAGAGAGUUGAACGUAUAAGGCGAAUGCAAAGUGUGUUUAACAGAGAGAGGAACAAAUACAAAAGGAGCUAUGAGAGCUGGAAGGAAAAUGGUCAAGGUGCAUUUCAUCAACAAUUCCAGCGAGAUGAUUGGUAUUGGAAGACUGAUACAUCCCAUAGAGAUCGGAAAACUAAUUACAGGGAACCUCCAAGAGCAAGUGUGUCUUAUUCGUUAUCACACCAUUAUUCAGUUUUGGGUCUUGACAGGUACAGAACAACACCAUAUACCGAUGCUGAGAUUAAGACAGCCUUUAGGGUUAAGGCGAAGGAGUUUCACCCAGAUCAGAACCAGGAUAAUAAAGAGGCUGCUGAGGCGAAGUUCAAAGAGGUGAUGACGUCCUAUGAGACCAUAAAGCAAGAAAGAAAGAACACGAACUUGUAAUUUGCACAACUCUGCCAGGAAAUUGUUGCGACUUGGAAGAAUGCAUGGGGUUGAGGUAUACAGCUGCACAAUACAUAGUCUUUUCUUUACAAGUAUUAGUUGAAUUGGAAUUAUUUGAGAGCGAGGUUUUCUAGAGGGCUGGUGAUAUAUUUAUAGAAAAUAUCACCAUGUGUAUCUCCCUUGUAAUAUGUGAUGUGUAACUCAAAUUUUGUAACAAGUAAUAAUUCAGUUAUUGUCCUGCC